AUGGCGAGAAUUGUUUCCAAGUGCCACAAGCUUCUGGAGUGUGAGAUUCUUCGUCGCUCCUCACAGAUUAUUUCGGUCGUUGGGGAUCGAGCCUACAUCUUUGGUGGGGAACUGCGACCGCGCGAGCCUCGGGACAAUGAUGUACACGCGGUUUUGUUGAGCAAUAAUGCCUCGAUUAAUUCCGAGCCUGCGACAAGCCAUUCGCCUUCCCCGCGCGUUGGAUCUGCAUCUUGUACACUGAACAGCAAGAUCUACAUUUUCUCUGGCCGUGGCGGUGUUGCGAUGGCACCUCUUGAGGAGCAGGGCGCGGUCUGGGAGUUCGACCCUGCUGUGGCACGCUGGUCGUGCAUCUUGCCAUCGGACGGGAGUCCAAAGGCGUUCCCGGUGGCACGCAGCUAUCAUUGCAUGGCUAGUGAUGGGAGAGAUACCAUUUACCUGCAUGCAGGUUGUCCUGAGAAGGGAAGGUUAUCGGACUUGUGGGCUUUUAGCGUCUCCCGGAGAAAAUGGACAGAACUUGCCCCAGCAUGUGAUCCUCCGCGUGGAGGUAGUUCGAUUGCCUUUACAGAUAACAACUUGUACCGGAUGAAUGGGUUUGAUGGGAUUACCGAACAAGGAGGGAGCGUGGACAUUUACUCCCCUGAAACAAAGUCUUGGGCUUCGCACGUUUAUUCACCUGAUGGCAAAGUAGGCCCGACCCCGCGAAGCGUGAGUUGUUUGCUGCCGAUUCGCUUGGGAGACCGGUCAUUGUUGAUCACCUUGUUUGGUGAGCAUGACCCGAGUUCAUUGGGUCAUCAAGGGGCAGGAAAGAUGUUGAGUGACAUGUGGGCAUUUGACAUCAGAACUAAAACAUGGGAGGAAGUUGUUCCGGGGGAGAUAAAUGUCCACUCGCACGGGGCUGGUUCGGUGCUGAUGUCGUCGGUACAGAUACGAUUGUGA